GCUGAAUAAUCCAAUGGCACCCUGCGAGCUGACAAAUACAACCAAAAUCCACCAGACUAUAUAAGAUGCAUCAUCCUUUUCGACACCUUUCUUCCGCAUUGUUUUCAAAUUUUGUCUCUUCAUAAUGCAGGCCUACAACGACAAACAACCCGCCGGUGUUCCUUUGGAUCCUGAGGCCGCCAAGGAUAUCAAGCUUUUCCAACCCAUCACUGUCAAAUCAGUUACCUUCCAUAACCGCAUCGGUGUGCCGCCUAUGUGCAUGUACAGCAGUGAGGACGGUGCGCUGAACGAUUUCCACAUUAUGCACUAUGGUAAAUUCGCCCUGUUGGGCGCCGGUCUCGUCAUUAUCGAAGCCACUGCUGUGGAACCCCAAGGCCGUAUCACUCCCCGCGAUUCCGGUUUAUGGAAGGACGAACAAAUUCCCGCGUUGAAGCGUGUCGUUGAUAUGAUCAAGUCCCAAGGUGCUGUUGCGGGUCUUCAGAUCGCUCACGCUGGACGCAAAGCUUCCACGGCGCCUCCUUACAUGGGCGACUAUGUCGAAACCGAAGAGAACGGUGGUUGGCCCGACGAUGUCCGUGCUGCUUCGGACAUUCCUUUCGCUUCUCACUACCCCAAGCCCAAUGCACUGACGGAAGAAGGCAUCAACGAAAUCGUACAAAAGUUUGCCGAUACCGCUCGUCGGGCAGAUCAAGCAGGUGUGGAAGUUUUGGAAAUUCACAGUGCUCAUGGUUAUUUGUUGCAUAAUUUUCUUUCGGGCAACAGCAACAAACGCACCGACAAAUUUGGCGGCAGCUUGGAAAACCGUAUGCGCUUCCCGUUGAUGGUGGCCAAGGCAGUCCGUCAAGUCUGGCCUGAUCACAAGCCUCUGUGGGUGCGAUUCUCCGGUUCCGAUUUGAAGAACGAAGGUGUAUUGACCAAAGAUCCCGAAGGUUGGGAUAUCGAUCAAGCCACUGAAUACGCGAGACAAUUAAAGGCUAUCGGUGUCGACGUGAUGGAUUGUUCCAGCGGUGGUAACUUGAGCAAUGCCGUGUAUCCAAAGGGAGAUCUGUAUCAGGUCCCCCUUGCCGAAGCGAUCAAGCGAGAUGCAGCCGUCGACGUGGCUGCGGUAGGUAAAAUCGUCGACGCUCACGAUGCCGAAAGCGUUCUGCGCGACAAUAAGGCCGAUUUUUGUCUGGUGGGUCGCGAAUACUUACGUGACAGUUCAUGGGCAUUGAGCGCAUGCCAGGAAUUGGGUGCCGCUGUCCGUUGGCCAAAGCAGUACUCUUGGGCCGUUUCCGGUACUCGUAAAGCCAUCAAAAAGCAAAAAGAAGAAGAGAUGAAGAAGGAGCAGGAGAUGAAAAAGUAAAAAAAAAAAAACCAUAAUCCAUUCAUAAUCAUUUGUAAUAUAUAUAUUCAAUUUUCUCUUUCACUAUUGUACUAGAGCUGUUACAGCUGUAAGAGAGAACGACAAUUUUUUUUACGUAAUAAAUAGAAGCAACAAGCAGAUAAU